CUUGCAAAAGACAGAAUCCUCCUGCUGGAGAGUCUUUGCAAAGAAGGACGGGCGCCCUACCACGCGCUAGGGUGCAGCUGGGGUGGUACUGUCCUGGACCGUAGUCUCGUGUCCUACAUUGCUGCCCGCACUCCGAAGUCCUACCUAGGAAUUAGUAGGCUACUGUAGGACAGGACACACGCAUACACCCACAGGUACACUCACGCGCGCACACACACACACACCCACACCCACAGGAACAGGUACAGGAACCGCACACGCUUGCCUGCUCUGUCGGCUCCUCGCCUGGCCCCCGACUUCUGGAGCCUCAUCCAUUUGACCUUCACCCCCAUCUCACAAACAUGGCCUAGACGUGAAGUGCCUCUUUGACCCGUCUUCACGCUCUCAGAAGACUCGUUCUGAGCCGGGCAGCUAUACGAGAUACCGCGAAAAAGGUUCACUGCUCUUCCGCCUCCGCCUCCGCACCCGCCUCCGGCCUGCGUACGGGACAGAGUAUAGAAGCAUCGCUCGCAUUGUUCAACGCUCGACCAUGGGGUCGGAAAAGAAGGACGGGCCCUUCGUAGGCCCAUCCGAUGCACGUCUGCCUUCGCUUGCCGCCGUGGACCGCCUGCGAUGGGCCCGAUCCCCACGAUCUCAGCACUCGCAGACCUCAUCCCCGGACCCGACCUCGACGGCAAAGAAUGCAUCGUCCGAUGUGUCAUUGUCCUGUGUCACCCGCGGAACCUCCCGCGACGAUUGUUCCUACUCACGGUUCCUGGCAUGGGCUGCUGUGCAGCGCAACGCCUCACGCUUCAUGAGCUCUAGCGACAGGCUGUCCUGCCCUCUGAUAAGAUGCAGGAAACAGCUGCCCGACCACGAGAGCAUGCUGAAGCACCUCGCCUCAUGCCCUCAGCUGCCCACCCGCGAGUACUGGUGCUAUGAUCACAUGCGGGUCGAACACUUCGACGAUGCGACAUGUAGACGGUGUAUCAGCCACCCUUCCAGGAGACGGAGGAUGCUCUCAAUGGCCAAAGGCUUCUUCUCGACCCUGGGCCACAAGUCGAAACGCGGCCCGGAGCUCGAGUUCGAUAUCGACGACACCACGGCGUUGGCGCCACCGAGCUAUCUCGAGUCACUGAGCUUCGAUCCGCCGGCUGAGCCAGAACUAUCGUCUACAGAGAUCCUGGAAAUAGAUUCCACUGAGGUAGUGGCCCUGCCUGCCCCGGCGGAUGCCGUCCCUAUCGUCGACCCUCAGGCCUUGAUGCUCCCGGAACUGGACUCCACCAUGGUACCGUCGCAGGCGCCGAUGCAGUGGCAACCCGCGGUCUGGGAUGUCUCGCAAACGAGGAACGAAGCCCGCGCUCCCGAUCCAACUUACGAAGGCGUACCUACAGGACAGCCGGCUUCACAAGGGCCUCCACAAGACCCCCCUUACAGCCAACAGGGUCUGCGCCCGGUUUCGGCUUCGAGAAGCAAGCAUCUCUCACCCAGCUCCUCGGUUAGGUCCACAACAAGCACGAUGAGCAAUGUCAGCAACAUCAGCUCCAUCACAACGGCUUCCUCGUUAUGGAGUACACCGUCCACCGCGUGGUCUGGCUUCGAGACGAACUUGACCACGCCGUCAACGGGUCUCAUCAGCCCCGUCGACAUGUGCCCGGAACAUGACUUCAACGGUUUCCCAAAGCAAUGCCCCUCUGACCCACUGGGCAUGCUUCCCGAGCUGCCAGAACUUGAGGCAGACAUGCCUGUCAUGCCUGAGCUCUCUUCUGGUGAAUUCUUCUCAUUCGACACCGAUCCCGCCAAAUUGUCCUACCCGCAAGAUUUUGUGCUCGAGGAGGAUAACACAGAACAACCAGCUCCACACUCGACAGAGGCCCAAGGUCCAGGUGCCGUCGAGUCCGGGACAAAGUGCCUUGUUGCUUCCGCGUGGGAUGCUCUGCAGGAGCACAUAGUCUCCUCCGCGGACAAGAUUCGGCACGUCCAGAACAACCCCUUAGCCGAUCAACUCAAAUUAUUGUCAGCUAAGACAAUCGCACAAAGAGGCUUCUCGAGUCUCCGCGGCAUUCUUGAGUCCCGCCCAUCAGCGUCACCAUUGGACACUCUAUGCUUGGUUCAUGUUAUCUACAGUUUCGCCCUUGUGGUCUAUGGAGACGACGCGACGCGACGAUCCGGCGACUUUUACACGCAAUCUUUACUUUACUCGACGUGGUUCACGCCCGAGAACCAAUCGUUUUAUCGGCAAGUGGUACAGACGAUUUGGCAGCCAGGUGACAUGACUCUGGAGCAAUGCCAGUCGCUCAAGGCCGCUCAGGUCGGACGCACGGCAUGGCCUCGCAGUCUGAAGGGCAAGGAGCGUGCAACAAACUCGUUUGCCAGUCACGCCGAAGUUCCUGAUCCUCUGGUGACGACGGCACUGCACUUUUUGGAUGAACUGGAGAUCUCUGCGGUACUGAGCGCCUCGCCCGAGGCGUUAGCCGCUGAUCUUUGCGCAAAGCAUCUACAGGAUGGAUCCGCCAAUUCGCAAACGGGCACCCCAGUUGCCGAGAACAUCGCUGGCCUGAUCAACGCAUUGAGCAUCCUUGUUAACGAGUUUCACAAUGUGGAUGGGCUGAUUGCUGAGUUGAGCAAUGUGAACCAGAAUAUCAGCGGUGGCCUAAUACUCUCAACCCGUCGGUUUGAGCUAGAGGCCCUUCAAGCUGGACAGAGUUGCAUCGUCCCCGUCCAGUAUUUUGACGACUAUGUUCCCCUGGUCCGCAGCCUUUGUGAUCCUAUCUACGAGCUUGACAGCAGCCCGGAGGCGCCGCGACGGCAGCACUAUUACAAUCUGAGCAUGGCACUCAGCGAGGCGCUCAUCGUGGAGCUGGAUGCUGCCCCGCCUGACACUGUGGAACUUUCCGAACCAGAAACCGACGACGACGCCCUGUUCGACUGUAUUUUCGGCUCCCUUACACCGAGUCUGACGGAUGACUUCAUUGUGGACAUGGACGUGGACAUUGAGACGCAGCCACUGUUGAGCGUCGAACAAGAAGGAACGUCGAAGGCGGCAGAUGUGAAGGGGCCUGCGUGCAGCUCCACGCCCCCCGGAGAAAACACAGCGCCGUCCAACACAGCAAGCCCGUCCGGGUCCACCUUCGCUGUCAAGAAUGCCCUGCAGACGCCGAUCUCGCCCACCUCGCCUCCGGCGCAGAAGCAAGAACUGGCGGACGCGUGCUGCGACCUGUGUGGCUACCGUCCAAAGGGAGAUCCCAAGUGGUUCCACGGCUCCAUGGCCAAGCACAAGAAGACGCAGCACGCGAUGGGGCCGCCCAAGAUCUACAGCUGCCCGUACCCGGGAUGCAAGAGCGCGUACAAGAACCGGCCGGACAACCUGAGGCAACACCAGAUAGAGAAGAAUCACUUCGUGGAUGGGCACGACGGGACCAGCAGGAGGCCGAGCAAGAGGAAGAAGAUGGCAUAAUGAGAAACAGUCGGGAGGUGCAAUUGCCUGCCUCGGGCGAUGUGUUGGCGGCCCGGGCGUCGUUUCCCUGAUGUAUAUAUGUGUUUGAUGACUUGUUUUCAUCUGCGAGAUACCACUGCUGCAUUUGUACAUAACCAUUGGCGUUUCAUGGGACGGGGUUGGUUUUAUAGCUGAUUGUGGUCGAAGUAAAUUCCAACGGCCUCGGGUGGGCCAGGGAAUACCACGAAGUACCUCGGUGGCACCCGGACUGCAAAUAAUCAAGCCAGACAUUCGAAGACCUCGAACUAUGGAAAACACAACGAACCACGAAGAUUAUCUCAUGGCCCAGAGCCACAGUGACCAGCCAAUUACACAUUCAGCAUAGGAGGCAGAGGAAGUCGCAG